CUUUUACUUGCUGCAAAUGUUUUUGAAAAAAUAAAUAAAAAAAUAUUAAUAUUUGUAUAAUUAUUUUUAACUAAAAAUAAACUAACUAUUAAACAAUUGUGUCAAUUAAUCGACUUUCAAUAAAUUCUUCAAAGAGUUAUUUGUAAAUUCUUUUCCAAUGUAAAAAGAAGACAACUCAAAAAAGCAAAAAAGCCAAUAACAAAUUUCAGAAUUCUUUAGUACAAAACAAGAAAUACAAUAACAAAAAACAAUAGAGAAUACCUAAUAAAAAAUCAAUUAUUAUCAAAUUAUAAUAAAAAGAAAGUCUCUGCGAAAGAUCAUUAAAAAAAGGCUAACAAAAACACAAAACUUUAGACCACACAAUGUGUGCCACUCUGUUGGAUGAUUUGGAAACCUAUAAUCCAGAUACUUUGGAUCUAAGCAAGGACACGGAAGCAGCUGAUUAUUGGUUUAGUAUAAUCGAUGAAAUAAUCAAUAAGUUUGCCAAACAAGCUGUUGCCAGUCAAAAGGAAAUCGAUCCAACUUCGGAGGAGAGGGCCGAACGUUUUAAGAAAUCAUACAAAGAUCAAGUUGAGAAUAUGAGAAAUUCAAAGAAUAACAAUAAACCCAUAACCAUAAGAGAUCUAUUAGAAUUAAACGAAACAACAUUAAGACUGUAUGGAUUUCAAGAUCCAUGGUUGAAGCAAAAAACUGAAGAAAACGAAGCUUCUAUAAAACUAUUCAAAUCCCGAUUAGAUGAAAUUGAUAAAUUGAAAAACGUCGACAGAUGGACUGAAUUGAUUCGUGGUGUAUUAGCUGGUAACAUAUUCGAUUGGGGUGCAAAAGAAGUUUCUGAUAUUUUAGAAAAAGACAAAACCUUUGGUCUACAUGAUGCAUUAGAUAAAAUCCAAAAACGACCAUGGUUGAUUGAUAAUUUAAAUGAAUGGAACCUCCGCAUGCAAGAAACUCCACAUAAAUGUGCAGUAAUUUUCGUUGACAACAGCGGUGCUGAUGUAAUUUUAGGUAUUUUACCCUUUGCCAGGGAACUUUUAAAGCGUCAAACCAAAGUCUUAUUAUGUGCUAAUUCCGAACCAGCGCUUAAUGAUGUGACUUACAAAGAGCUCGAGGAUAUAUUACAAAAAUGUAGUUGUUACUGUGAUACAAUAAAUAGUGCUUUGAAAAAUGGACAACUGUUAGUUUAUGCCAAUGGCCAAAAAGGGCCUUGCUUAGAUAUGAGACAUUUAACACCAGAAUUAUGCAAUGCAAUUGAAAGUAACGAGACUGAUUUACUGGUCAUUGAGGGCAUGGGCCGUGCUCUGCAUACAAAUCUUUAUGCAAAAUUUCGUUGUGAUACUUUGAAAUUGGCAGUUGUUAAAAAUAAAUGGCUGGCAAAUAGAUUGGGCGGUGAUACGUUUAGUGUCAUAUGCAAAUAUGAAAGUUAACUGAAAAAAAAAAACAAAAAUAAAUUUCCGACUACAAA